AUGAACCAUGCUACCGCUCUCGCUGAGGAAGUUCCCUUCAAGAACUUCCCGCCUUGGGUGGUUUCCAAGCUCCGCCCAAAGGCGGUAGACCUCAUCCGUAAAGUCUACAACUGGGUUGAGACAGAAUGCAUUCCGGCAGAACCGAUUGUCAAGGCUCAACUAGCCCAGGGGGCAUCUCGAUGGGUGACCCCUCCUCUCAUCCAUGAACUCCGCAAGAAAGCAAAAGCCGCGGGCUUAUUCAACAUCUUUUUGCCUGAUCAUUUCAAGGAGUCGCCUGGGCUGACGAAUCUGGAAUACUCAUGUUGCGCCGAGAUCAUGGGUAGAGUGUAUUGGGCCGCUCAGACAAUGAAUUGCCAUGCGCCUGAGACAGGGAACAUGGAGCUACUCGCCAAAUUCGCCAGCGAAGAACAGAAGCAGAAGUGGCUUAAACCUCUAAUGGAAGGUGAAGCAAGCUCCGCUUAUUCCAUGACAGAGCCGGAUCGAGCAAGUAGUGAUGCUACCAACAUUGCCUGCCGGAUAGACUACGACAAGUCUACGAACGAGUAUGUGAUAAAUGGCAGGAAGCUGUAUGGCAACGUCCUCUGGAAUCAGGAAGUCAAGUUUCACAUUCUUAUGGGUCUGAGUGACCCCGAAAAUCCAAAUCCUUGGAGACGGCACACAAUGAUUAUCGUCCCUAGAGAUACGCCCGGACACAAACAGGUACGGAACUUGAGCAUCAUGGGCUACGAUCACGCACCCGAAGGACACGGCGAGUAUAUCUACGAGAAUGCCCGAGUGCCAGCAGAAAAUGUCAUAUGGGGCGAUGGUAGAGCAUUUGAUAUUGCUCAGGGAAGACUUGGCCCUGGAAGAAUCCAUCACUGCAUGAGACUCAUCGGCCAGGCGGAAAGAGCAUACGAGUUGGUCUUGUUGAGAAGUAUCGAUGAGAGGAAAAAGCCUCGUGGCAAGCUCAUCGGGCAGUUUGACAGCAACAUAGAGAGAAUUGCAGAGAUGAGAAUGCAGAUCGAUGCUAUGAGGCUCAUCGUCAUGAAUGCCGCAGACACGAUGGAUAUCCGAGGAAACAAGGCUGGCCGAUAUGUCAUUGCUCAGUCCAAGAUCAUGGUUCCCGAAACACUAGCCAAGAUUAUCGACGAGUGCAUGCAGAUGUACGGUGGACAAGGCCUUACCCAGCACACCGUGCUGCCAGAGCUUUGGACUUACGCCCGCUUUGUGAGGAUCGCGGACGGCCCUGAUGCUGCACAUCGACAUCAAGUUGGACGAGAUCAACUCAAGGCGGCGCGGAAGGAUAAUCUUGUCGGCAAAUAUCAAGGCUACAGGACACGGAACCGGGAGCUAAGGAAGCUGUGGAAGAUUGAAGGGUUGGAGGAGGAGUUUGAAUGGGAAUACAUCCCUCUUGCCGACAGCAAGUUGUGA